GGGAUGACGCAGGAGCAGCCACGGACUUUACCGCCUCUGAUGAAUGGGUCUGUCGCACCAAUGCAAGGUGUGCAGUACACCGAUGAGCGACGGUAAUACAAAGGAAAUCUAUUCUACGCGAUUAUUUUAUGACCUGGCUGUGAUACGAGUAUGUCGGUCCUGAGCCUGUUCCAUUCAGCCUCUUGCGCCCUGAACGCGGAAACGUCACCUUUUUUCUGUAGCUCUCUUGUAGAUUUUAUUCGGGUGGUCCCCCCCCUUUUUUUUUCUUCUUUCUCAGCGCGAACAUUCCGUCUCACCAUCGCCGUGCCUUUUCCUGAUGUCCUUCAGUGGCAGACACUCUGCCGCAGUGUCUUAUUGAACCUGGCCUCGACGUCUUUAUCUCCCUUUUCUUUCCUUCAUAAACUUUCGCAUCAUGAUUCAUCUAUUCGCAUCGGAGACGGGAUAUCUGGGAUUUGGAUUUGGAUAUGGGAAGUGUAUGUUCAUUAUGUUUGUCCUCACUUUGACGCAGUGAGUGCUUUAUAGUGCGUGUGUACCAAAACGAAAAAGCGCAAACCAGCUUGGAAUAGGAGUGUGUAUGGUGUUUCAUUUGAUAUCCCCAAGGUCUAUGUGAUUAUUAUGUUGAUGAAGCGUCCUGAAUGGUUAUUGGGACC